AAUGACCAAGUGCCGGACCAAGUUAUCAAUAUUUCAUCACAGCUUGAAGAAACAGCUUUAAGUAAAAUUGAUCAACUUAUUGAAAGUUUAAAUGAACCAAUUAAUAAUUCAAUUUCUAUCCUAGAAGAAGAGUUAGAUGAACAAAACCCUCUUACAAAAAUAAAAGAAGACCUCAUGCAAACUCUUGAAUCUCAGAAAGCCUCUUGA